AUGACACUCUAUAUGCCUCUGUUCAGGUCUUGUACCACUUUAAGAACACUAACCCAACUCCAUGCCCAUCUCUUUGUCACUGGCCUUCAUAAAGACCCACUUGCCACCACCAAACUGGUUGAGUCUUAUUCUCAAAUGGAUGACCUCCAAACUUCAAGACUUGUCUUUGAGAGUUUCCCUUCACCAGAUUCUUUCAUGUGGGGUGUACUUAUUAAGUGUCAUGUUUGGAACCACUUCUUUGAAGAGUCCAUUUCAUUGUAUCAUAAAAUGAUGUACCAUCAAGUCCAUGUCAAUGGAUUUAUAUAUCCUAACAUUCUAAGAGCUUGUUCUGGUUUUGGUGAUCUGGGUAUUGGUGGGAAGGUCCAUGGGAGGAUAAUCAAAUGUGGGUUUGAUACUGAUGCUAUUGUUGAAACUUCAUUGCUUAGUAUGUAUGGUGAAAUGGGAUGCUUAUAUAAUGCGCACAAGAUAUUUGAUGGAAUGCCGAUGAAAGAUGUGGUUUUGUGGAGUUCGAUUAUAUCGUGUUACGUUGAGAAUGGAGAGGCAAGUGAAGGGUUGGAUUUUUUUUAUAGGAUGAUUUGUCAAGGUGUUGAACCAGAUUCGGUGACAAUGCUUAGUGUAGCUGAGGCUUGUGGUGACUUAGGUUUUCUGAGACUAGCAAGGUCAGUUCAUGGUCAAAUUGUGACAAUGACAAUUAAAAAUGAAGGGUCUUUGGAUAAUUCUCUAAUUGUAAUGUAUACUAAAUGUGGUGAUUUACAUAGUGCAGAGAAGAUCUUUCAAAAUGUUACUCAACGGCAUACUGCUUCUUGGACUGCAAUGAUUACAUGCUACAACCAAACUGGUUGCUUCCAAGAAGCAAUAGGUGUUUUUCUUGAGAUGCAAGAGUCUAAAGUGGAACCCAAUUCAGUAACCAUGAUGGUUGUCAUAUGUUCUUGUGCUAGGUUAGGUUUGCUUAGAGAAGGGAAGUCGGUUCAUUGUUUUGUAACCAGAAAAGCGUUAGAUGCUGACCUUGAUUUUGUUGGGCCAGCAUUAAUAGAAUUAUAUGUUGAAUGUGGAAAACUAAAUAAUUAUGAGGAGGUUCUUCGUGUAAUUGCGGAGAGAAAUAUUGUCUCAUGGAACAUGCUAAUAUCUCUUUAUGCUCGGAAAGGAUUGUUGAAGCAGGCAUUAGUGUUAUUUGUGCAGAUGCAGACACAGGGACUGAUGCCAGAUUCAUAUGGCCUGACAGGUUCUCUUUCAGCUUGUGGAAGUGUGGGUUCAAUACAGCUUGGAUAUCAGAUUCAUGGUCAUGUUAUCAAAAGGGGUAUUUUGGAUGAGUUUGUCCAGAAUUCACUAAUUGAUAUGUACUCGAAAUGUGGCCUUGUGAAUUGUGGAUACAAGAUAUUUGAAAGGAUUGAACAGAGAAGUGUGAUAACUUGGAGUUCUAUGGUUUGUGGAUUUUUUCAGAAUGGUAAUUCAGAAGAGGCAAUCAGGUUGUUUGAUCAAAUGUAUAUGAAUGGAAUUGAGAUGAAUGAAGUCACUUUCUUAAGUGUAAUUCAAGCAUGCUCCCAUUUGGGUCAUCUAGAAAAAGGAAAAUGGGUUCACCACAAGCUCAUUACUGGUGGUUUGAAGAAAGAUCUUUAUGUAGAUACAGCUUUAACUGACAUGUAUGCCAAGUGUGGAGAUCUUCAAGCAGCCCAAGGAGUUUUUGAUAGCAUCUCAGAGCGAAGCGUGGUUUCAUGGAGUGCCAUGAUUGCUGGCUAUGGAAUACAUGGUCAGAUCAAUGUUGCCAUCUCACUCUUCAAUCAGAUGGUAGAUUCAGGAAUAAAACCAAAUAAAGUCACCUUCAUGAAUAUACUAUCAGCUUGUAGUCAUGUAGGAUCUGUGGAAGAAGGUAAGUUAUAUUUUAGCUCAAUGAGGGAUUUUGGCAUCAAGCCUAAUACAGAACAUUUUGCUAGUGUAGUUGACCUUCUGAGCCGAGCCGGCGAUCCUAGUGGUGCAUAUGAAAUUAUCAAAUCAAUGCCAUUUCAUGUGGAUGCUAGCAUCUGGAGUGCUCUGCUAAAUGGGUGUCGAAUCUACAAGAGAAUGGACAUGAUUAAAAGCAUAGAAAGUGAUCUUGUAGAUAUUUGUACAAAUGAUACUGGAUACUACACCUUAUUAUCUAAUAUAUAUGGAGAAGGGGGAGACUGGGAUGAAUUUGGGAAGGUGAGGUCAAUGAUGAAAGGUCUAACAAAGGUUCCUGGGUGGAGUACAAUUGAACUUAAUAAGAGAGUCUACAGGUUUGGAGCUGGGGGCACUUAUCAUUUGCAAACCAAUGAAAUAUACAGGAUUUUGGAUAAUUUUCCAACUAUAGCUAUUGAACAAGGAUGUGAUGUAGAAUAUAGAUAA